CUGUGCUACGGAAGCGGUGAAAUACCGGUACGCUCGUGUCACCUUAGAGAAAGAAAGAGAGGAUAACAAGAGGAAUAUUACACAGACAGCGAACUUCAACGCUCACCGUCUGUGGUUAUACAGUGAAAUACGAAGUGACUAUAUAACGUACAUACAGAAAGAAGAAGGGGAAGUUCUUCGCACAGAGAGCGGAAGCACAGAACAGCGAUAUACUAGAGAAGGAAUCCAAGAAGACAUUCUACAGCCAAUACACCGUGAAAGAAUUUACGAAAUUAUAAGAGAGGGAAGACACCACGUUCCGGAAAGAAGGAACUUCGAACAGAGCAAGCUACAUCACAUAAGAAAGAAAGGAUACCACAGUACAGGAAACAAGGAACAACAGAAGAAACUGCAUCACAGAAGAAAGAAGGUACUACUAGCAACGAGUUCAUUCAGACUACAUCACAGGAGGACACAAGGUACCUCGCUGAGAAGAAUCUACACACACAUUACAGGAGUCGCUGUAAAACGAGAAAGAGAACACUACGCUACACACCGUACAUCCCUCACACCGGCGACCAUGGACAAAAACAAUCACCACACAACAACGCCGACGACGACGGAGGAGUUCAUAAAUGUCACAGAUGCCGACGGAGACUUCUCGUGCGAUGACAGCAUGGGCAGUGUAGAAGACGACGAACAGUUAGCGGAGCGGGCGCGGCAGCUCGGGGAAGCCAUCGAACCUUACAUCAAGUUCACGAAGCUCGCCCGCCGCAUGUCGAAGAAGAUGAAGGACAUGAGUGAGGAAGAACAGCAGGUUCUUCGUCUGAAGGUGAACAGUCGCGAGCGUAAGCGCAUGCACGACCUCAACUCUGCGCUGGACGGACUACGGGAGGUGAUGCCGUACGCUAACGGUCCGUCCGUACGGAAGAUGUCCAAGAUAGCGACGCUACUGCUAGCUCGCAACUACAUCGUCAUGUUGUCCAGCUCGCUGGACGAGAUGAAGAAACUUGUUAGCGACAUCUAUCAGCACCGGCCGAGGUCGGCUGCGAGGCACGUGAUCGCCGCGCCCAUCCCCGCGUCGCCGCCGACGGCGCAGCUGCCCGUGAUGGCGACGCCAGCGCCGCCGCCGCUGCCGACGUUUUCGAGUAUCGCUGUGCGACAGCCGCUAGAGAGAUUGAGUCCGCCGGCACCGCCGCCGCCGCUGCCGACGAAGGAGGGGUUUUACGGGAGGCUGCCGGGGAUGCACGCGAGCGCGCACGGGUUACACGCGAGCGUGCACGCUGGUGGGGGUGGCGGGUUGGCGGGGUUGCCGCGCUGGUCGCUGCCGUGCUCGUGCGCGCAGUGCUACGGCGGCGGGGUCUCACCGUACUUGACGCACGGGCUGCCUCGUUUUCACCCGCAGACGACGGCGCAGUCACUGCAGAUGCAGAAGUGA